GUACCACCAAUGUUGCAGGUGCGUUACUCAUCAAGUCAUCCUCUGCUCUGCUGCAUCACAUUCACACCAUUUCACGCACAUGCUCCCUCACGCGCUUUCUUUUCGAUUUCAACGUCACUCGCGCUCGCGCCAUAGAUCGCCACAAUUUAUCUUCUCCCACUUUUUUUCUGCACGUGCCCCUUUUUUCUCUUCUUCAUGUUCCAGCGUUUGAAUCGAUGCUGCAACUCCAAAGAUACGAACUUUACUUCAUUUUAGGAAAUGGGUCUUAAACAACUGCGGUCAACCCUUGCCAAUUUUGAAUUCUCGUGUAACUGAAACUGCUUCUGCUGCGGAAGCUUCUUUCUUUGGGGGCCACAAGGAUUCUCGUGUAACUAAACUCCAAUGAUGAACAAAACUCUUCUCACUUAUUUCUACUUGUUCAUCUACAUUUUGCUUUCUUCUGGAGUCAUUUUGUACAACAAGUGGGUUUUGUCUCCAAAGUACUUUAACUUUCCGCUUCCAAUAACACUCACCAUGAUUCACAUGGGCUUUUCUGGGGCAGUGACGUUUUUUCUUGUCCGGGUCUUUAAGGUUGUCACUCCUGUUAAAAUGACAUUUGAAAUAUAUGCUACUUGCGUGAUACCAAUAAGUGCCUUCUUUGCAUCAAGUCUUUGGUUUGGUAACACAGCUUAUUUGCAUAUUUCUGUGGCUUUUAUCCAGAUGCUCAAAGCUCUGAUGCCUGUGGCAACAUUCCUCAUGGCUGUUAUGUGUGGCACCGACAAAGCAAGGUGUGAUAUGUUCUUCAACAUGUUGCUGGUCAGUGUUGGAGUUGUCAUUUCCUCCUACGGAGAAAUUCAUUUUAAUGUAGUUGGUACAGUUUAUCAGGUCACCGGCAUCUUUGCUGAAGCUUUGAGACUGGUCUUAACACAAGUCCUUUUACAGAAGAAGGGCUUGAGUUUAAAUCCUAUUACAAGCUUAUAUUACAUAGCUCCAUGCAGUUUUGUGUUUCUCUCUGUGCCCUGGUACCUGCUGGAAAAGCCUGUUAUGGAAGUUUCACAGAUUCAGUUCAAUUUUUGGAUCUUCUUUUCCAAUGCUCUAUGUGCUCUAGCCUUGAAUUUUUCCAUUUUCUUAGUAGUCGGUAGAACUGGCGCUGUAACCAUACGGGUUGCUGGGGUGCUUAAGGACUGGAUAUUGAUAGCCCUUUCAACUGUUAUAUUUCCAGAGUCUACAAUAACUUGGCUGAAUAUAAUUGGCUAUGCUAUUGCACUAUGUGGAGUUGUGAUGUACAAUUACAUAAAGGUUAAGGAUUUUCGAGCUUCUCAAUCACCAGAUGAAAUUAUUCCAGAUCGAAUCACCAAGGACUGGAAAUUCGAGAAGAGGUCAUCUGAUUUUUAUGUGCCAGAUAAUGUUAGUAGCAAUAGGGGAAGUGGUGGAGGCAAUGGUUCUCUUUCUGAUAUGAAAAUUGAUGAAGAAGCACCGCUAAUUUCUUCAUCAAGGGUGUCUCAUAUUGGACGUAUGCAGCUAGCCAACCAUGCAACAGGAAAAUGAAUACCCCAAUACAAGAUUCAUUUUAGAUCUUCCCCUUUUGGUGAAAAGAACAAGAGGAAGUUGGGUCAAAAGAACCACUCUUUAUUCUUUUUAAAUAGUGUGCUUUAUAGGAAUCAUGCAUGCUUGCUCUUUGUAAUCACAUUCAUGUUGAACCGUGGUUUAAUUAAGACCAGAGUGCGGAACCAAUUCUCCUCUUAA